AUGGCAUGUGAACAUAACGUCAAAUAUGGGCCUAACUGUAACAAAAUGUGCAAGGAUCGUAAAUGUGCUAUAAAAACGUCGUCCUGCGACACAAUUGGCACUUGUAUUGGAGGAUGUCAAGCUGGUUGGAUGAACACGGAUUGUACUGAAGCAUGUGAACUUAACGUCAAAUAUGGGCCUAACUGUAACAAGAUGUGCAACGAUCGUAAAUGCGCUACAAAAACGUCAUCCUGCGACACGAUUGGCACUUGUAUUGGUGGAUGUCAAGCUGGUUGGAAGAACACAGACUGUACUGAAGCAUGUGAACAUAACGUCAAAUAUGGGCCUAACUGUAACAAAAUGUGCAAGGAUCGUAAAUGUGCUAUAAAAACGUCGUCCUGCGACACAAUUGGCACUUGUAUUGGAGGAUGUCAAGCUGGUUGGAUGAACACGGAUUGUACUGAAGCAUGUGAACUUAACGUCAAAUAUGGGCCUAACUGUAACAAGAUGUGCAACGAUCGUAAAUGCGCUACAAAAACGUCAUCCUGCGACACGAUUGGCACUUGUAUUGGUGGAUGUCAAGCUGGUUGGAAGAACACAGACUGUACUGAAGCAUGUGAACUUAACGUCAAAUAUGGGCCUAACUGUAACAAGAUGUGCAACGAUCGUAAAUGCGCUACAAAAACGUCAUCCUGCGACAUGAUUGGCACUUGUAUUGGUGGAUGUCAAGCUGGUUGGAAGAACACAGACUGUACUGAAGAUGUGAUCGAGUGUCAAGAAUCGAAUCCAUGUGAUAAGCAGGCCAUUUGCACGAACACGAUUGGAUCAUAUACUUGUGCUUGUCGAACUGGAUAUUCUGAAAACGGACACACAUGUACAGAUGUGAACGAAUGCUUAGGACAGAAUUCAUGUCACACCGAUGCCGACUGCAACAACACAGAUGGAUCAUAUGCAUGCACCUGCCGAAAUGGAUAUUAUGGAAACGGACAAUGGUGUGCAGACAAGAACGAAUGUCAGAAUGGAGAGAGUACAUGUCACACUGACGCUGUCUGCAAGAAUACACCUGGAUCAUACACGUGCACCUGUCAAGAUGGAUAUACUGGAGAUGGACAUUCAUGCAUAGCCUGUCAGCAGAACAUGUAUGGUCCUAACUGUAUAAAAGUGUGCUCAAAACGUAAAUGUAAGUUGAGUAAUUCCUCCUGUGAUGCCAAGGCAGGUGCUUGUGAUGACGGAUGUCAAAAUGGGUGGACUGGAUCAGACUGUACAAAAGACAUAACUGAGUGUCAUGGAUCGAAUCUGUGUGGUACUCAUGCACUUUGCAACAACACCGAGGGGUCAUAUAUAUGCACAUGCCAAGAUGGAUAUUCUGGCGAUGGACGAAAGUGUAACGAUAUAGACGAGUGUGUCGAACAGAAACCCUGUGGCAUGGACGCUGAUUGCAACAACACAGUGGGAUCAUAUACCUGCGCGUGUCGAGAUGGCUAUUCUGGAGACGGCAUAAACUGUGCAGAUGUGGAUGAGUGUAGUGGUCAGAACCUGUGUGAUAAGAAUGCCAGUUGUACAAAUAUAGAUGGAUCGUAUACAUGUGAAUGUCGAAAUGGAUAUUCGGGAGAUGGACAGAAAUGUGAAGCAUGUCAAGUCAAUGUUACAUAUGGUCGUAACUGCAGCAAAUUAUGCGACAAUCGUAAAUGUGCUUCUACAGUUUCACCAUGCAAUCCACAGAAUGGUGCCUGCUAUGGCGGAUGUAAAGUAGGAUGGAAUGGAUCAGAUUGCACACUUGACGUGAACGAGUGUAUUGAGCAGAAACCUUGUGAUAUGAAUGCUAACUGCGGCAAUAUAGAGGGAUCAUAUACAUGCGCUUGCCAAAAUGGCUAUUCUGGAGAUGGAAAUAAUUGUGCAGGUAGCUACAACAUGUUCUCCAGUUCCUGUUAA